GAGUACGUAUUUUUUUCUUUCGCAUGAAAAAAAAAAUCACGAUUAUCUGAAAGUGUUUGUGUAUAUAAUAGAGAGAGACAGCCAGUUUAAGUCGAACUACUGCUUCCACGUUGAUUCUUGCGUUCCCAACAUACGCAAAAUGAUUGCACCAUCUGUAUUCCUGCUCCUCCUUGUGGGGUCAAUCUCAGCACUUCCAUCCAACAGGCGAGAGGUCUCCGCCGAAGAUUGGGGAGCCACCAUUACUGUAACUAUCAGGGAACAAGCCGCCCUUAUUCCAGGGGUACAGACAGAAGAAGAUAUUGCCUCUAUCCUUGGCACCGCACUGCAAAUUGGCCAGGCCAUUUUACCAGUAUUGCAAAGUACUGGUAUUAGAGCAACUCAAGAUGAUCUUGCUUCAAUACUGUCAACGAUUCUUCAAAUCGGACAGGCUGUUGUACCAGUAGUACAAGGUCUGGGUAUCAGAGAAACCCAAGAAGACUUCGCUUCAAUUCUCAACACCAUUCUCCAGGUUGGCCAAGCUAUUGUUCCAGUAGUUCAAGGUCUUGGUAUCAGGGAAACCGAACAGGAUUUCGCUUCAAUCCUCAACACCAUUCUCCAAAUCGGCCAAGCUGUUGUUCCAGUAGUUCAAGGUCUAGGCAUUAGAGAAACCCAAGAAGACUUCGCUUCAAUCCUCAACACCAUCCUCCAAAUCGGCCAAGCUGUUGUUCCAGUAGUUCAAGGUCUAGGUAUCAGAGAAACCCAAGAAGACUUCGCUUCAAUCCUCAACACCAUCCUCCAAAUCGGCCAAGCUGUUGUUCCAGUAGUUCAAGGUCUAGGCAUUAGAGGAACCCAAGAAGACUUCGCUUCAAUCCUCAACACCAUUCUUCAAAUCGGCCAAGCUGUUGUUCCAGUAGUUCAAGGUCUUGGUAUUAGAGAAACCCAAGAAGACUUCGCUUCAAUCCUCAACACCAUUCUUCAAAUCGGCCAAGCUGUUGUUCCAGUAGUUCAAGGUCUUGGUAUUAGAGGAACCCAAGAAGACUUCGCUUCAAUCCUCAACACCAUUCUCCAGGUUGGAACUGCUGUCCUUCCAGUGGUUCAAAGUCUUGGAAAGAAAGAAACCCAAGAGGACAUCGCUUCAAUUCUCAACGCCGCCCUUCAAAUUGGUACCGCUAUUCUUCCAGUUAUUCAAAGCACUGGCAUCAGAUCCACCCAACAAGAGGACUUUGCUUCAAUCCUUAACACCAUCCUCCAGGUUGGUCAAGCUAUUGUUCCAGUAGUUCAAGGUCUUGGUAUCAGAGCAACACAAGAAGACUUCGCUUCAAUCCUCAACACCAUUCUCCAGGUUGGUACUGCAGUCCUUCCAGUAGUUCAAAGCCUUGGAAAGAAAGAAACCCAAGAAGACUUCGCUUCAAUCCUCAACACCAUUCUCCAGGUUGGUACUGCUGUUCUUCCAGUAGUUCAAAGUCUUGGAAAGAGAGAAACUGAAGAGGAUUUUGCUUCAAUCCUCAAUACCAUCCUUCAAAUCGGCCAAGCUGUUGUUCCAGUAGUUCAAGGUCUAGGUAUCAGAGAAACCCAAGAAGACUUCGCUUCAAUCCUCAACACCAUCCUCCAAAUCGGCCAAGCUGUUGUUCCAGUAGUUCAAGGUCUAGGUAUCAGAGAAACCCAAGAAGACUUCGCUUCAAUCCUCAACACCAUCCUCCAAAUCGGCCAAGCUGUUGUUCCAGUAGUUCAAGGUCUUGGUAUUAGAGAAACCCAAGAAGACUUCGCUUCAAUCCUCAACACCAUUCUUCAAAUCGGCCAAGCUGUUGUUCCAGUAGUUCAAGGUCUAGGUAUUAGGGAAACCGAACAAGACCUCGCUUCAAUCCUCAGCACCAUCCUUCAAAUCGGCCAAGCUGUUGUUCCAGUAGUACAAGGUCUAGGCAUUAGGGGAACCGAAGACGACUUCGCUUCAAUCCUCAACACCAUCCUUCAAAUUGGCCAAGCUGUUGUACCAGUAGUUCAAGGUCUUGGUAUCAGAGAAACCCAAGAAGACUUCGCUUCAAUCCUCAACACCAUCCUUCAAAUUGGCCAAGCUGUUGUACCAGUAGUUCAAGGUCUUGGUAUUAGAGAAACCCAAGAAGACUUCGCUUCAAUCCUUAACACCAUCCUUCAAAUCGGCCAAGCUGUUGUUCCAGUAGUUCAAGGUCUAGGUAUCAGGGAAACCGAACAAGAUCUAGCUUCAAUCCUCAGCACCAUCCUUCAAAUCGGCCAAGCUGUUGUUCCAGUAGUUCAAGGUCUUGGUAUCAGAGAAACCCAAGAAGACUUCGCUUCAAUCCUCAACACCAUCCUUCAAAUCGGCCAAGCUGUUGUUCCAGUAGUUCAAGGUCUAGGUAUCAGAGAAACCCAAGAAGACUUCGCUUCAAUCCUCAACACCAUCCUUCAAAUCGGCCAAGCUGUUGUUCCAGUAGUUCAAGGUCUUGGUAUUAGAGAAACCCAAGAAGACUUCGCUUCAAUCCUUAACACCAUUCUCCAGGUUGGAACUGCUGUCCUUCCAGUAGUUCAAAGUCUUGGAAAGAAAGAAACCCAAGAAGACUUAGCUUCAAUCCUCAGCACCAUCCUUCAAAUCGGCCAAGCUGUUGUUCCAGUAGUUCAAGGUCUUGGUAUCAGAGAAACCGAACAGGAUUUUGCUUCAAUCCUCAACACCAUCCUCCAAAUCGGCCAAGCUGUUGUUCCAGUAGUUCAAGGUCUUGGUAUUAGAGAAACCCAAGAAGACUUCGCUUCAAUCCUCAACACCAUCCUCCAAAUCGGCCAAGCUGUUGUUCCAGUAGUUCAAGGUCUUGGUAUUAGAGGAACCCAAGAAGACUUCGCUUCAAUCCUUAACACCAUUCUCCAGGUUGGCCAAGCUAUUGUUCCAGUAGUUCAAGGUCUUGGUAUCAGAGAAACCGAACAAGACCUCGCUUCAAUUCUCAGCACCAUCCUUCAAAUCGGCCAAGCUGUUGUUCCAGUAGUUCAAGGCCUAGGUAUUAGAGGAACCCAAGAAGACUUCGCUUCAAUCCUCAACACCAUUCUCCAGGUUGGCCAAGCUAUUGUUCCAGUAGUUCAAGGUCUUGGUAUCAGAGAAACCCAAGAAGACUUAGCUUCAAUCCUCAGCACCAUCCUUCAAAUCGGCCAGGCUGUUGUUCCAGUUGUUCAAGGUCUAGGUAUUAGGGAAACUGAACAAGACCUCGCUUCAAUCCUCAGCACCAUCCUUCAAAUCGGCCAAGCUGUUGUUCCAGUAGUUCAAGGUCUAGGUAUUAGGGAAACCGAACAAGACCUCGCUUCAAUCCUCAGCACCAUCCUUCAAAUCGGCCAAGCUGUUGUUCCAGUAGUUCAAGGUCUUGGAAUCAGGGAAACCCAAGAAGACUUCGCUUCAAUCCUCAACACCAUUCUCCAGGUUGGAACUGCUGUUCUUCCAGUGGUUCAAAGUCUUGGAAAGAAAGAAACCCAAGAGGACAUCGCUUCAAUUCUCAACGCCGCCCUUCAAAUUGGUACCGCUAUUCUUCCAGUUAUUCAAAGCACUGGCAUCAGAUCAACCCAACAAGAGGAUUUCGCUUCAAUCCUCAACACCAUCCUUCAAAUCGGCCAAGCUGUUGUCCCAGUAGUUCAAGGUCUAGGUAUCAGAAAAUAGAUUAUUGCGUCAAUUAUUUGAACACCUCAUGAAAUAGGACUGGCAAUUCUUUAUGAUUUACACAGCUCUGAAAUAUGAAAACCUUCAUAUUUGUGCUCUUAAAAUUUAUUGCAUUAUUUAUGAAGCUAGAAAUAUAUUUUAAAUAGAAUUUGAAGCUAAAACGCUGAAUUAAAAAAAGAAUGCUACUCCUUAA